AAAAUCUAACGUAGAUUCGUCAAUUGUCAAACAACAUACGGUGUGAUUCAAUCAAAACAUUUCACGCUGUAAAUUAAGUAAUUCUAUUGUUAACAUAACAAGAUGCGUUUAAGUACAGUUUUGCUCCGACAACAUAUUGGAUUCCACUUCAAGAAGCACUGGAUUAUCCAGGGUAAACGAGUUCCAAUGGAAACGGGAGCGGACGUUGAACUGGCGGCCCGCGGAAUUCCAGUGGUCGAUCCAAACGAGUUAAUCAAAGAUCACAAAGUACCAUUACCACGCUUGAAAGUGAUUGGUCAGCUCCCGCCAGAGGUGCAGCGGGAUGAGAACCAUCCAUUAUAUAAACCGGAGGAAUGCUAUUUGUAUGGGGAUCGAGACGUCCUGCUGGAAGGUGUGCGACAGGCACAGGUUCUAUUAAAUACGGUGGUCUACGACGAAUUGCCACUGAAAAUGAAGGAACGGCUGGAUAGGGCAAAAGUUCCAACUCAGCUCGACCGAUCGAUGCAACAAUCGAUCCUAGCGGCGCUGGUUUUCGAUGCAGAACAAGUCAAAAGACCCAUAGUGAAGGUUCCCGAACGACCGGCCUACAAAUUGCCUCGGGAGUAUGGAAUAUCCAACGAGCGCAGAAACCGCCUAUUGUUGUCUAAGUUCGUUACUCAUUGUGAACGUCUGGCGGGGCAAUCAGUUACAUCUACCCGGAAAGUGAUUGCAAACACCCGCUUCUUGGUUCCCAUGACCAAAGAUCUCGAUCGUAUACAACUUUCCCUAAAGGUGGACACACUCGUAACCUCAGCAGCACCAAUCACACCACUGGACAAGUCGAUAUAUCGCCCACAAGAUCAAUCUCUUCCGGAUAUUUUUCCACUGAACCAAACCGUCAGUAUCCCGACAACCAAUUUCUACGAGUGGUUGAACGAGUAUCCCAUUGGUCGGGAGUACAAGUUUUCUCAUCCUCAUACAGUGCUGCUUCAUUGUGCCCCGGAAGAUGUCGCCAAUCUAUUCGAAACGCCCGUAACCGAUGAUCAAAAGGAUUCCCGAGCCAUGAUAAAGGGUUUUGCAGUAGCUGCUGCUCGUGCCAGGCAGCUCUAUGGGGACAACGUUGGAACGCUCCCACAUCCAAUAACAGUUCAGGUCAUUCAGACCGAUAGUAAGUGGUUCCACUUUAGCAUUUUUCAGUUGAACACACUCAAUUUGGACGGCUCGAACGAAAAUGAUCGGAACCUGUGGUUCAGGAAACCACGAAUGGAUUUAUAUUCAGAGUGCGGUUACUUGGUUGGAAAGCCUAGCUUGCUCGAUUACGACAAGGAAGUGCUGAAGCAUUUCGCUGUUUUCUAUGAAAGCAGUUGAAGCAGGAGCGAGUGAAGUUAAGUUUAUCGUUCUAUUGCGAGUAAAAGCGAGUGGAAUGAGUUCCAGGCAUGAGUAGUACCAA